AUGAUGCAGUCUAUUUUCUGGACAGGGAGACUGCUAUCACGUGCUUUAAGAAAUGGACUAUCAAAUUUCUCGAGUGCUGCUGAAUUAAAUGUUUCGACGACAAAACACCCAUAUUUAGUUUCAGUAGUGUGUGGUUUUCCAAAAGACAUUGCUAAUGGAAGAACUCGCAAAGGACAAUUCGGUGACGACGCAUGGUUCUCCACCAAUUCCAGCAACGCGGAUGUUAUUGGUGUGGCAGAUGGUGUAGGAGGAUGGCGUGCUUACGGGAUCGACCCCGGAGAGUUCUCAUCGUACUUGAUGCGGACAUGCGAGAGGCUCGUCCAAAUGGGACACUUCAAGAUGACAGAACCAGGAGAUCUGCUGGCGAAGUCCUAUUAUGAAUUAUUGGAACAUAAGAAACCAAUAUUAGGAAGCAGCACAGCAUGUGUAAUGAUCCUAGAUCGGUCAGAGAGCGUGAUGCGGGCAGCAAAUAUCGGCGACAGCGGGUACAUGGUUGUCCGCGGAGGUCGUGUGGUGCAUCGCUCACAUGAACAGCAACACUACUUCAACACGCCCUACCAACUCAGCCUACCGCCGCCCGGACACGACCGGAAUGUGCUAAGCGAUAGGCCAGAAUCAGCGGAGACGUCAGAGUUCACAGUGGAAUGUGGGGACGUGAUCUUGGUGGCGACAGACGGCGUGUUUGACAACGUUCCCGAGCCAGUAUUGGUGGCUGAGAUGAGACGCGCACAAAGCCUCGCCGGGGAAACGAAGAAGCUGCAGGCUGUUGCCAACUCCAUCGCGUGGAUGGCGCGCAACCUCUCCUUUGAUGGCUGCUACAUGUCGCCUUUCGCUAAAAGCGCGCGACAGAACGGCAUUGAUGCUAUUGGGGGAAAACCGGACGACAUAACGGUGCUACUUGCUAUCGUAGCGCUAUGA